GAAUCAUACCAUGAUUUAAAUAAUAAAAUACGUCGUCAAUACUUCUUCUUAUUGUGUAAUUCUGGUCAUGCUAUAAUCGUACGAUCCGCUCAAGAAGACCUCAGGUGCUUGUGAACAAAAAUAGAAACGCGUCAGCGUGUCAAAUAACGAACAACGAAGUCCACUGAAGUACUCGAGUAGAAUACACGAGCGCGCUAAAUCUCACAGCUGCUGUGUAUAAAUACUGCUUUGCUGUACGUUGAGCUGAAGACUUUUCACCUACAUAUCAAUAUUUCUAGGUAGCCACAAGUAGUGCACUAUCCACAUAUCACACACACACACCUACACACCAGAGUGACUUCUCAUAGCCUAUAUAAUUUAUGUAUCUAGACGUACUCAGUUUGUGCUACAGGAACGAUGUGCUACGCAGAAUCUGGUAGAAGCAAGCCAGAUGCGGGAUCGUCGUCUAAGAACGGCAUGACAGGCUCUGCUGCUCGAUUUGUUCAAUCAAUUGUCGACUCCAUGUCUUGCGCACUGAACCGAUGGAUAGAGUACAUGCUAACGUACCAUAGGUCUAUCUUUGCUUGUCUGGUGCUGCUGCCAAUGUCGCUUGUGUACGAUGCGGUCUCCUAUGUGCGCAGCUCCAUUGUGUUUAAGAUGAAGUCUGCGCCCGCCCAUCACGCAGCUCGUGUGGCCCAUGUACAGAAACAAGUUAAAGACUGGAACGCUGACGGUCGCAGGCGCCCAAUGUGUACCGCCAGAGCUGGAUGGAAAACGAUCUCUCUGAGGAUUGGCACAUACAAGGAGACCAUGAGCAACAUCAACGUGGACCUUUACGAUGUGCUCGAAGUGGAUCAGAAGGCGCGGACGGUGAGAGUUGAACCGCUAGCCACCAUGGGCCAAAUCACGUCACUGAUCCUUCCCACUGGCUGGACUCUAGCCCUCACGCCCGAAUUGGACGAUCUCACAGUAGGAGGGCUCAUUGCUGGCUUUGGGGUGGAAACUUCAUCACACAAGCACGGCCUCUUUCAACACAUUGUGAAGAGCAUUGAACUGGUUACUGCAGAUGGAGAAGUGGUGAAUUGCAGUGCGACCGAGAACCCGGAGCUAUUCUACAGCAUUCCGUGGUCGUACGGUACACUCGGUUUCAUCGUGUCUGCCCAGUUGAAACUUGUGCCUACGAAGAAAUACGCACACAUCACGUACACACCAUGCCACACGCAACAAGACUACACAAAGAUUUUCGAAGCGGCAGCGAGAAACAUGGACAAUGACUUUGUUGAAUGUCUUGUCUACUCACAAAACGAGGCAGUGGUCAUGACUGGCGUGAUGACUGACCAUGUGGUGCAAGCCAAGCGCAAUGCAAUCGGUAACUAUUAUAAGCCUUGGUUCUACAAGCAUGUCGAGCAGUUCCUCACCAUAGGACCUUCAAACGAGUACAUCCCGCUACGAGACUACUACCACCGCCAUUCUCGCUCGAUAUUCUGGGAAUUAUCGGAUAUCAUUCCGUUCGGCAAUGAACCCAUAUUCCGCUACCUGUUCGGUUGGGCGGUGCCUCCCAAAGUGUCGCUUCUGAAACUCACCCAGAUAGAAGCCACCCGCAAGCUCUACGAGUUACAUCAUGUUGUGCAGGACAUGCUGGUGCCCAUCAGCUCCACUGCCGAGUGCGUGAAUAUAUUCCAUGACGAGUUCGAUCUAUAUCCGCUCUGGCUGUGCCCGAUGCAGCUACCAAGCGCUUCCCACGCCAAGUACGGCGGGUUCUUAAAGCCUGCGAUCGUUGAUGGCAAGCCCGAGGAGAUGUUUGUCGACAUUGGCGCGUAUGGAAAUCCCGCUAAUAAAGGCUUCGUAGCCGCCGAGUCGAUGAAACGUGUGGAAGCACAUGUGCGCCGUCUUCAAGGUUUCCAAGCACUCUAUGCCGAUUGUUACAUGACUGAGCAAGAGUUUGAGCAGAUGUUUGACCACACCACAUAUAAAAAGCUGCGGAAGCAGUAUCGCUGCGAGGACGCUUUCCCAACAGUCUACGGCAAAAUCAACCGAAGCGCGCGGAAAUGAAGUGGAAAGAACCGGUGCUCGUCCGUAUAUACCCCUUCUGUGUAUUUGGCGGUUACGUCGUUGUUGCUGUACUUUCAUUGCUCUGCGGUGUUUGCGAUUGACGAGCAGUAGUCGAGAGCGGUGAAGUCUUUUGGUCGCUCUUGGCCCCAAUAUCUUAUUAAAUAGUAUCACAUAAUAGAA